AUGGCCCAUCAAGCACACGCAUACCACAUAGUAGACCCAAGCCCCUGACCUCUCACAGGCGCAGUCGCCGCCCUAUUAAUAACAUCCGGACUAGCAAUCUGAAUACAUUUCCACACAAUAACACUCAUAACCCUAGGUAUAAUCCUUCUACUCUUGACAAUGUACCAAUGAUGACGAGACAUUAUUCGAGAAGGGACCUUCCAAGGCCACCAUACACCCCCCGUCCAAAAAGGACUCCGCUACGGAAUAAUCCUAUUCAUCACCUCCGAAGUAUUCUUUUUUCUUGGCUUCUUCUGAGCCUUCUAUCACUCCAGCCUUGCACCAACCCCAGAGCUAGGUGGAUGCUGACCCCCCACCGGAAUCACAACCCUAGACCCAUUCGAAGUCCCCUUACUAAAUACUGCCGUCCUUCUCGCCUCCGGCGUCACAGUAACUUGAGCCCACCAUAGCAUUAUAGAGGGCCUCCGAAAACAAGCAAUUCAAUCCCUAGCACUUACAAUCCUCCUUGGAUUCUACUUCACCUUCCUACAAGGCAUAGAAUACUAUGAAGCCCCUUUUACAAUCGCAGACGGGGUCUACGGAUCAACUUUCUUUGUUGCAACCGGCUUCCACGGCCUCCACGUCAUCAUUGGCUCCACCUUUUUAGCUGUCUGCCUACUACGACAAGUACAGUAUCACUUCACCUCUGAGCACCACUUUGGAUUUGAAGCCGCUGCCUGAUACUGACACUUCGUAGACGUGGUCUGACUCUUCCUUUACAUCUCAAUCUACUGAUGAGGCUCAUA